CGGCGUUAGCAUAGGGUGGUUGACUCUUGACUCCAAGCAUGGAAUAGCUUCCUUAAUCCUUACUUUUUCUCUCCCUUUUCUUUAUUUCUCACUCACAUUUUCUCUUUCUCCAAAGUUUCCGAUACCCAUUCCAUAUAACCAUUUCGAUCUUCUCUGAAUUCAUUUCCAUUUCUUCUUCUUAGAUGGAAGAGAGCAACCAAUCUCGUUAUGUGAAGUUAAAUAAAAAAGAUCACACUCCUCUUGAAGAUAUCGUUCCCGGUGAACUCAAUCAACCAAUUGAGGUUCCUCAGCUGGCUGUUCGCAAGUGCUCUGAAUGUAGACAGCCAUUACCUGAAAGCUAUGCACCUCCUGCAGAUGAACCUUGGAUGACCGGUAUCUUUGGAUGUGCAGAAGACCGGGAAAGUUGCUUGACUGGAUUGUUAUGUCCUUGUGUAUUAUUUGGGCGCAAUGUAGAGAGCUUGAGGGAAAACACUCCUUGGACUCAGCCAUGCAUUUGUCAUGCCAUUUUUGUUGAAGGCGGCAUUUCUUUGGCCAUAGCAACUUUAGUUGCAGCUUCCUUCAUUCCUGGCUUUGACCCGGGAACGACAUGCCUCAUUUGUGAGGGUUUAUUUUUUACAUGGUGGAUGUGUGGCAUUCACACCGGUCAAGUUCGACAAUCCUUACAGCAGAAAUAUCACUUAAAGAAUUCACCUUGUAAUGCAUGUUGUGUGCACUGCUGCUUGCACUGGUGUGCCUUGUGUCAGGAGCAUCGGGAGAUGAAGGGACGGCUCUCCGACAAUCUUUUUUCAGAGAUGACCAUUGUAAACCCUCCACCCGUUCAAGAGAUGGAGUCUACUGACGAAAAGGAAAAUCCUGAAACCUCUUCUGCUAACAACAAUGAGCACACUACUAUGGAGAUGCAAGCUAUAUAAGCCAUAAGGCAUAUACCAAUGUUCAUAGUCACAAAAAGAAAAGAACUUUAAACUUAAGACAUUUGGCUUCAGUUAUUCCUGUUGCAUUAGACAUGUAUUUCACAUAUCACAUACAUAUUAGUCGAGAUGAUCCUAAAACUUUAGAAGGUGAGUUGAAUAUAGUCCUAAUUAUUUAUCAAAGAUUUUUGUGACAGUGGUAGAUUCGUAAAACAUGAUGACCGUUGCUAUUCAUAUUGGAUGAUUCACAUA